AGGACUGAGACUCAACGCAGGCGGACCCAAAGAUCGCGCCACACAGUUAACCACACAGCUGGAGAGGACAUCCAAGUGAAAGCACUGCAGUCAAAAAGUGGACAAUAAAAACAACUAUAAUUGCGAGAAACAGAUUUACAACUCUCAUCACAAAAGGCAUUUUAAUAUAUUACUUCUAGCCAGAAGUAUCGGUUAGUUCUGAGUGAUGCUGCGAUGAGGCGAAGAUCUCCAAGAAGCUGAACGCAGUAAUACAGCCUUCAUACCUGGACAAACGUGUUAUUCGGGGAGAAGUACGGGAAAGGGGUUCUACGGACUUUGUGACCACGCCAGUCCUUCUUUGGUUUGCUUUUUUAUUUCUUGAUCACGUUUUUUUCCCCUAGACGUGGAUGGUAAUUUAUAACAACUUGAGUGUUUUCUAUGGAAUGAGGGUUUCCUCCAAGGAUUGUCUCCUGUUUCCGUCUCUUCCAGUGGUAUAUGUGUGGAUUUUCAUCAGGAUGUUACUGCAUAAUCGGCCCUGGCGUUAUCGGGCCAUUUUUCACCCCACUGUUCUCACGCCUGCUCAAGGUUGUGGGUUCAUCUUCUUUUAGGAAUAUUUUUUGAAUCACUCAAAGAUCCGCGCCAACAGCAAAAACCCAGCCACAGCUUGCUCGUGGACAUUGAUAUCGGUUAGACACGCACAUUAUCCAGGUUACUAUGCAAUUGCAAGUGCUCUCCUUUGUUUUGUUCUUGCACUGUAUGGAAUACACUGACAGUCAGCAGCACGCCUCCAGGCACCGGCAACAUACGCAGACUCCAGGGUUGAAUCAAGGCUGUGAGGGAGGGUGUCUGACCUGCUCCGAUUUCAAUGGCUGCCUGUCCUGCAAGCCCAGACUCUUCAUCUACCUGGAGAGGAAUGGGAUGAGUCAGAUUGGGGUCUGCAUGUCCUCCUGCCCCAAUGGUUACUAUGGAACCCGGUCCCCUGAGAUAAACAAGUGCACAAAGUGCAAGUCGGAUUGUGACUCCUGUUUCAACAGGAACUUCUGCACACGCUGCAAAGCGGGGCAUUACCUGCACCGAGGGAAGUGCCAGGAGAGCUGCCCCGAGGGCCUGGUGCCCAGCGCCACGCAGAGGGAGUGUGUACUCGGCUGUGCUGGGGAUUGUGACAGCUGUGUGAACAGUGACACCUGCACCAGGUGCAGAGAAGGCCUGUACCUCCUGUAUGGGAAGUGCCACCGCGCCUGUCCGGAGGACUAUGAGCCCAGCGAGCAGCUCAUGGCGUGCACACCUCAAGUGCACUGCGAGGUGAGCGAAUGGGGCGAGUGGAGUCCCUGCUCACGCAGAGGGAAGACGUGCGGCUUCAAACGAGGCGAAGAGACGAGGGUCCGCAAAAUCCUGCAGGCCCCCUCCGCCCUCGGCAAUCCCUGCGGCCCGACGUCAGAAACAAGGAAGUGCGUGGUCAAGAGAAAGAAAUGUCCAGGGAGGCGGAGAGGAGAGAGGAGACUCCGCAAUGGCAGGAAACAGGAGGCCCAACGCAACUGGCGAGAGAGAGAGAGAGAAUCAACUGACCACGAGGACGCAGAGAACAGGAACAAAACGGAGCACCGGCGUUCCAGAGGCCAGGACAGAGACCUGACCUCGCAAGCAGGGGGCAACACGCACUAACAGCUUCCUGGCCACCUCCGUCUCCCUCAUGCCCUCACCCCGGGGGUGCUGCUGCUACCUGUAUGUUUUUGAAUAUAGACUGUAUAUGCACAAGAGAAGAGGGGUGCACAGCUUUCAGGGGGGCUAACACCAACGACCCCCCCCCUCCCUCCUUCCCAGACCUUUCCCUGCCCGUCCUUCAGCUCAAGACAGCAAGUCAGAGAGAGGCAAACCUGCUGCGGCGAUUGACUGGGACUGUACAGCGUGGAGCAGGAACUUUGGGGACUGGAACAGAGAAUGAGGGCGUGCUUCUGAAAUCCGUUAUUUAAAGGGUCCAGCUACAGCAUUUUGUUGAGGUUUGAAUGUGGGUUUCGUGAAAUUACGUAGCUGUUGUUUAGAUGUCUGAUGAUUGCAGAGUACAUUUUCAAUAGAGCAUGUUCAUUGGCAUCAUCUACAGAGAACAGAUUCUAGGACUGCAUGUGGAUUGGUGUAUAUGUGUAUGAGGUGAUAGAAAAGUGUUUUUUUUUUAUGAGCCAAGUUGAGGGCACACAAUGUUUCUCCCGGUGUCUUUGUUAUUUCAUCUCUGUUUGUUUUGCUAUGGAGCAAAGAGCUCAUUCGCCUUUUAUUAUCAUUAAGUUCUGUGCUUUCAGUGAAAUCAUUUAAACCGGAAAAGCCACUGAAAUUUUCAGAGCACCUCUAUGUCAAA